AUGCGACAGCGUUUGAGGGAAGUCCACAAUUCUACUUUGGUUGAGGAGAUACAGUCAUCUUCUGAUUACACACUGACGGUGGGCAAUAUCACUUUCAAGUUGGCUGAGGCGCAUGGGUUCUGCUGGGGAGUAGAAAGAGCCGUUGCAAUAGCUUACGAGUCGAGGCGUCGGUAUCCGGACAAGACCAUAUGGAUGACCAACGAGGUCAUCCAUAAUCCGACUGUCAAUCGUAAUCUNNNNGGAGAGCUAUCAGUCCGCUAG